UUGUCCGUUGUCCCAAUGGCAGAGAGAAAAUAAAGUCUCAUAAUCAUGGCUUCGCUUCCUGUCCACUUCUCCACGAAUCAUCUCUCUUCGCCCAAUUUCUCCGGCAGAUUCCGCCGUUCCACCGAGCGGAGAACUUUCGUAGCUCUUGUACAUUGCUCCGCUAGAGAAAAUGAUCAAGGAAUCAAGAAGACUUUGUUUCCUGUGAAGGAGCUUGGAUGUUUCGCUUGCGCCGCUCUUUCUGCUUUCACUCUUACAGUUGCCUCUCCUGUCAUUGCUGCUAACCAGAGACUUCCCCCGCUUUCAACAGAUCCAACCCGGUGUGAACAGGCUUUUGUCGGUAACACGAUAGGUCAAGCAAACGGGGUCUAUGACAAGCCACUCGAUCUCAGGUUCUGCGACUACACAAACGAUCAGUCUAAUCUCAAAGGCAAGACUCUCUCUGCAGCCUUGAUGUCAGGUGCCAAGUUUGAUGGUGCUGACAUGUCUGAAGUCGUUAUGUCUAAAGCUUACGCCGUUGGAGCUAGCUUCAAGGGGGUGAAUUUCUCGAAUGCCGUUAUCGAUCGGGUGAACUUCGGGAAGUCGGAUCUAAAAGGAGCUGUGUUCAAGAACACGGUGUUGUCAGGUUCCACAUUCGAGGAGGCAAACCUGGAGGAUGUGGUCUUUGAGGACACCAUCAUUGGUUACAUAGACCUUCAGAAGAUAUGUAGGAACGCGACAAUAAACGAAGAAGGAAGACUCGUCUUGGGUUGCAGAUAAAUAAGAGAUGAAGAGACCAAAGGGUUUUGGAUUUGAUGUGUGUGUAAGAAUUUGAGAGUUGACACAAAAGAAUGUAUGAACAAAUAAGUACGUUCAAGUGUUGAAGGAUAUUAGGACUCAGAAGAGUGUUAUGAGGUUUUGUAUAAUCAAUUCCUGUAAAGUUUGUAAUCAGACAAAAGGGUUUUUCUCUGUUA